AUGUCUCAAGAUGAGUUGAAGAGAACAUUAAACCCAUCUUGCACCGGAACAUCCGUGCUCGCCAUCCAGUACAAAACUGGUGUCAUCGUUGCUACUGAUCGUGUUGUUUCGUACGGAAAAACUGCCAGAUACAAGAAUGUCUCUCGUCAAUACAAAGUCAACGACAACGUUCUCGUCGCGUUUCAAGGAGACCACGCUGAUUUCCAAUGGCUGCAAAACGUCAUUGAGCGUCAAGUUCUUCUCUGGAAGCGAUUCGAUCAGGAUAUUAGCCCGAAGGCUCUUCAUGGAUAUCUGACAAGUCUCCUCUAUGCCAGACGAUGCAAAAUGAAUCCAUUGUGGAAUACGUUGGUCGUCGCCGGUGUCGAAGAGGAAGAGAAGAACAACAAGGAGACGAGCACACCAUUCAUCGGAAUCAUUACCCAAAAGGGGUGCGCUUAUCAAGUCAAGCACGUCGCCACUGGCCUCGGAGCGUACCUGCUCAAUCAGGCGAUUGAAGACGAGUUCCGAAAGAAGGGCGACGGAUUGUCGCGUCAGGAAGCGGAAGCCGUUCUCCGAAAAGCCAUUGAGUUGACCAUCUACCACGAUUGCGUCGCCGACAACGACUUUGAGAUCGGUCGCGUCGACGCGCAAGAAGGCGUCGUUCUCGGCAAAGAAGAGACCGUCAUCGGAAACUGGAGCAUCGCCGAGACGAACUGUCAAUACGAAUAA